UGCGGUCCGGGGGCGGGGCCGAGCAGAGGGGGCGGGGCCCGCCCCGCGAUCCCCAGAGGCGCGGUAGAGAUUUGGGGUCCGCGCGGGCUCCGGCCGCUCCGCAGCCUCGGCAGCGCGGCGCUCGGAGACAGUGGGAUUGUGAUUUGUCAGCCUUCGUACCAUCAAUAGGAAAAAUGCCAAGUUCCAAAAGUAGCUCUGUGCCUUCAAAUAAUGAUAUUAAAAGUGAUGUUUCAAACCUGAGUGAACUGACAGUUUCAAAUGAGAGGGAGUUUGCCGAAAACAGUACAACAAGCCUGACUGAAAAGACUGGCUAUUGUGACUCUGUAUACAUAAAUGCAGCUAAUAUUUUCCAACGCAUUCAUAAUGAAAAGCCUCAGGAUAGAAUAUUGAUAAGUUAUGGUAAUGAACCAGUACCAGCCCUGCCCAUCUUCAGAGUUGAAUAUUCCCAGCGUGCAUCUUAUGAACUGGCUUUCAGUGCUCUAAAGUAUCAAGAUCUUCUUGAGAACAUAUUGAUAGAUAGCUGCUUCUACCCAUGUCAGUCAAUUUCAGAUGAAUUGACUAGUUUAGUUGUUGUCAUGCUGUAUGACUUCCAAGAUCGAAAGUUCCAAGCCCGACAGAUUUCUGAUGAAGAGGAGCCAAUAGCUGAAGUCCGAGAAGUAGAGCAUUAUCUAUACAGUUUUAAGACUAAAUUGGCUGCUGCACUGGCAAGAUGUCGAAUUAAACAUGAUGCUCUUUCAAUUGAACAUAUUCUACCAGAAACUAUACGGAAACAGGAACAAAGGGCUUCUGCUUUACCUUUGUAUGCUUGGAUAAAUGCUCUUAAAAUCAGCCCUGAAGAAGUUUAUAGAAAUUUAACAAAAGCAGGAUUUACCAGAGUUGACUCUAUAUCAGAUUUGGAAGGUUAUACAUAUUGUCUGGACAAACAUUGCCAGGAUGUGCUGGUGUUUCCUUCCUUUCUUAAAGAAGAACUACUCAACUUGGAGCUUUUCACAGAUUACAAACUCUUAAUACAGGAUAAAUCUCGCAGCCUUGCUGUACGUUCUGUGAAAGCCUUAUUGAACAUGGAUGACGACGUCAUAGUGGCUCAUAUGGGUUCCUGGUUGACUGUUGCCCAUAUAUCAGUACUGACAAAUCAGAACACAUCUAAAGUAUUUGUAUGUGGAGUAAAAUCACAGGCAAAGGGAGCUGCGCUGAAGGACAUGUUCAGAUGCCUGGACUGUAAAAAUACUGUGCUACUACAUGAGGAUUUUACAGAGAUAGAACCAACAGAUCACAGACUGCAAAAAGCAAAAGUUAUUCUGUUGCUACCUCGAUGUUCAGGACUGGGUGUUAGUAACCCAAUAGAAUUUAUUCUAAAUGAACAUGAAGAUGCGGGAUUGCUUAAAGACCUUUUCCAAGGAUCUGUAGCUGAAGAUAAACUCGGUGUUCUUGCUGAGCAGCAAUUUAAGGAGUUAGUGCAUGCUAUGCACUUUAAUAAAGUACAAGCCAUUGUCUAUUGCACUUGUUCAAUUUAUAAAGAGGAAAAUGAAGAAGUAGUGAACAAAGCUCUAGAAUAUGGAGUGGAAGGAGGUAAAGUACAACCUUACAGGCUUAGUCCACCUGUUCUUCCUCUUUGCUGCAACUCAGAGAUUUCUUCUGAUUCUUUCUUCAAAAUGGAGCCAUCUGAGAUUUCCAAUUGUUGUUUCUUAGCAGUCCUAGCCAGAGAGAAGGAUCCAUCUGAGUCUGUAUCUGUUAAAGACAUUUUGUCUCGUGCUGCAGCCAAAGGACUAUUAGAAGGCAUUGAAAUAGAAAAACCCUCAAAGAAAGAAGAGAAAAAGAAGAAGAAAUCAAAAGCAGUGCAGCAAAGAAACAUGCCUAAAGAUAUCUCGGCACAAACAAAAAUUGCAGAAUUCUUGGGCCGAGAGAUGGUAUCUCUUAAAUCUAAUUCUGAAAUUUCAGUAUCAAAAGCAAUUAGUAAUUCUGAGAAAAAAAAUCUGAGCCAAACAAACAGUUCUGUUCAAGGGAAGAAAAUGACCAAACCUGUCUUAAACUCCUCCCUGCCUAGAAUGUUGAAGAACGCACCGAACCCAUCAACUAUGAAUAAAGUGCUUGAGAAACGGACAAAUAUUAAGCCACGGGCAGAAGAUAAAAUGGUUGUACUAAAACCUGUAGAGAUAGUUCUGCCUCCAGUUAUGGUGCCGUACUUCAACCCACAAGGCAACAAAUCCAGAAUUGCAGCUCACCAUUAUUACUAUCACUGGAUUGGAAUAAACAGCUCAACACAUGGCUUGCUUGUACCUUCUGUGUCAAAAAGACUGAUGAAAUCGAAAGAAACAUUACCUUCAGCUGUGAUUAAGCAUCCUCGACCAUGGCUUUGAAGAUGGACUCCUGUUACUGGUUUGUAGAUAUAAUCACUUAUAUUUAUUUAAAGACUUCUGUGUAGGUUAUUUUCUAUACUUAGACUACAGCAUGCACUAGCUACCUAUAGAGAUGCUUUACAGUUCAUACCCUUUUCAUGGUUAUUAUGGCUAUAGCAUGGGACUAUUUUGCGAAAGGGUCAAUACAUUGUGUAGUUGCUUUAAUCCAACUUUAGAUUUUUAAUAUCAAAUUCAUAUGACACAUCUAGAGAUUAUGCAAAUCACUGGGGGGCAGAGCUCAAGACGUUAUAUAGCUAAUUGUUUAUCAUUUUAAAAUGUGACAGAAUUUGGAAGGUGCCUUUCACUAAAACUAUGUAUUUACCCAGGAAUGUGGAACUUACGAUUAAUUUUCACAAGCUUUAUUCAGCAUUCUAAAAAGUGCCUCAUUACAAACUUCAGCUUUCAAGUGGUUAUUUCUGAGUUUGCUAAAAUAACAGCAUCAUUAUUUAUGCCACUGGUGCAUGGGAAUGAAAGUCAAAAUUACAAGCCAGGCUACUUUUCUAAAAUUAGAGGUGGAUUUUUGUGAAUGUCAAAGUUGUAUGUUCUCAGCUUAGAUAUUUCAUGCAGGCAUCUGGGGAACACACAAGUUCAUACAUAGUCUUAAAAAUGUGUCCUUGUUUCCUAGCAGCUAUACUUUAAUAAGCAACAGCUGGAACAUUCAGAAAAAUAUUGAACAGAAAACCUCAUGUUAAAACUGCAUGUGUACUUGGAUGCUAAAAAAUGACGGCUGAAUUAAUAUCAAACAUGAGGCCAUCGUGCUGCCAUGGCUUUUAAAAUUGACUUCUCAGGCCAGGUAGAGCCUGAAAAACCCUGAUUCUCACUGAACUACUUUCUUACCACUCAUUUUGUUCAUGGUGAAAAGUGCUUCUGUCAGAUGUAGGUAUGCUGUAUCUAGCAAAUGUGAUUUCUUUUAUGUACCAAUAUUGUUCAUUUAAAUAAUGACUUUCAGAACAAUUUUUGGUUUAUAUCCGUCUUGGAGAUGGAUUUAAAAUGUUUGAGCCAAAUGGCAUGUGGGUUAGGGGAAGAAUGCCGAAAAGCAUUUCUAGUUCUUUGUGAAGAUCAAGUUAAAAGUUAAAGUACACUGUUUUUGAGAUUUGUCUAAAAUCUAAUAGUCUGAGUCAUUCUAAUUUGUAAUUAAUAUAUUGUUGCAUCUUGCUUGGUAGAUUGUAUUUUCAACCUAUACAAAUUUUGAAUGUUCAGGAACAUAACAUUUAUUAUUAGCUGCUUCAGUAUUUUCAGAAGUUUUUUUUAAAGCUAGAAGAGUUAAGAUAUUCUACUGUCAAGCACAUCUCAACUCUUUCAGUGUUCACAGGCCUUUUCUGAACUUGGAGAGAAGAAUAACUUCAAGCCUUCUUUGCCGUGUUUGAAAUAAUUGCUGGAUAUUUUCAUUUAGAAUUUCUCUCUAAACAUUGACAUCAGCUAGCCAAUUCAGAGGUAUUAUGUAGUAUUUUUAAAAUAGGUUCAGAGGAUAACUUUCUAUCAUUUAUACUUUAAGCCAAAAGUAUAUGUACUUUAACUUCAUAAAUAUAUUAACAGUAAUGAUUUUUUUCUAUUACAGUUGGUAACUUGCUAAACUUAAGUCCUAGUGAAUUCAAAAUAAAAUGACAACUAUUAAAUGCCUACAUUCGUUCUAUACUUUGUGCUGAAAAUCUAAAGGUGAAAGUCUUGACCUCUCCUCAAGACUGUACAAAAAUUGAUCUGUCAGAUAUGUAAUAUCAUCAGCCCCACAGGUUAAAAGUUGACAGGAAUUUUUGAAAACCUUAACUGUCACUCAGUCGUACCCUUCCCAGGUGUGUGCACUUACAUCAAACGACUGUGCAUGGCCAGCUUCUCCAAAGCUAAGCAACAUGAACUUUCAUUGCUAUGUCUGCCCAGCCCCUAGCCCAGCAAUGAAGUCUGUUUCCAUUUUAUCCCUUCAGUGUCAUUCUUGUUCCUGAUGUACUUAUGCCCUUUCCAGGCCUGACUUAGGGCCAGUCAGCUCCUCCUCUUCUCCCAAGCUGGCUGUUGCAGUUACAGUGAUGGGAAGAACAGAGAAAACCAUCCUGUUGCUCCAGGAGAGAACAGACGUGCCCUGAGCAGCUGAGCUUGUCCUGCUCAUUCCUUUCCUUCUCCAAGCCUGGUGUGCAUGUUUGAAUCCUGACAACUACCUUUUUCCUGCAGAAGUCCUUACUGUGGGCAUGAAUAACAGCAGCAAGCUGUAGGUGAAAGGUUCACUAGCUCACUAAAAAUUCAUUACAAUUGCUUCCCUUCUCACCAUCCUCCCAGCCCUCUUUAAAAAAAAGUCUUCUAGGACUUCUUAAAGGCAGUAUAGUGGUAGGAAUAUUACUGCCAUCCUCUCUCUAACCCAAGAGAUUAAUCUUUCCUUUUAAGUUACCACCAAACAAUUCAAAAUGCAUUGAAUUUCU